GUUCUAUAUGUGAAGGUUUUGAGGUUGGGGCUGGGACCUGAAGCCAAGACUGUGACAUCGGAUUCUGGAGUCAGCAAUGCCCUGGGACACCGAUUACUUCCUCUGUGACUCAGUUUCCCCUUCUGUAAAUGGGCGGUGUUGAGCUUGGGAAUGGGUGACUGAUUUGCUACUGUUACAAAUGCGCCCUGGCCCAGGUCCCAUCCCUGGCUGCGAGGGUGCAGGACACGCGGGACUCAGCAGUGCGAUUCCUGCCAGUGACCCUACUCCCUCGCAGGUCAAGGGACAGGAAGGGGAUUUAGUGGGCUUACAAUCUCACCGCGGAGGGGAUUAAUGGGGGAGGCGGGCAGCCGAGUGUGGAGCUUUCUUGAUCCCGCGGCCCCAGGAUGGCGGCCCUUGCCCGCCUGCUGGGCCGUCUCCUCUGGCCGGCCGGCAAGGAAGAGGAGGAAGAGGAGAGGGAGGAAGAGGAGGCGGCGGCGGGGAGCCGGGUCCCCGGUGGGCCGCCGCCUCUCCUGACCGCGCCGCGAUGCGUCCAGUGGCCGCACGGGGGUGCGGCGGCAGCGUGGGGCCUGCGCUUCGGGGCCAGCGCCGUGCAGGGCUGGCGCGCGCGCAUGGAGGACGCGCACUGCGCGCAGCUCGAGUUACCCGGGCUGCCCUCGGGCUGGGCUUUCUUCGCGGUCUUCGACGGCCACGGCGGGGCGCGAGCUGCCCGCUUCUGCGCGCGCCACCUGAUGAGCCACGCGCUCGAGGCGCUGGGCCCCGCGCCCUGCGAACCCGAGGGCGUCCGCGGGGCGCUGCGCCAGGCCUUCCUGAGCGCCGACGCGCGACUGCGUGCGCUCUGGCCCCGCGGCGACCCUGGCGGCUCCACGGCCGUGGCGCUGCUCGUCUCCCCGCGCUUCCUGUACCUGGCGCACUGCGGGGACUCGCGCGCCGUGCUGAGCCGCGCCGGCGCCGUGGCCUUCCGCACGGAGGACCACCGGCCGCUGCGGCCGCGGGAACGCGAGCGCAUCCACGACGCUGGCGGCACCAUCCGCCUCCGGCGCGUCGAGGGCUCCCUUGCCGUGUCGCGAGCGCUGGGGGACUUUGCCUUCAAGCAGGUGCCGGGGAGGCCCCCAGAGCAGCAGCUCGUGUCUGCGGAGCCCGAGGUGACCGCGCUGGCACGCCGCGCUGAAGAUGAGUUCGUGCUCCUGGCCUCGGACGGCGUGUGGGACGCCCUGUCCGGAGCGGCCCUGGCGGAGCUGGUGGCUUCGCGCCUCGGCCUGGGCCUGGCCCCGGAGCUUCUGUGCGCCCAGCUGUUGGACACGUGUCUGUGCAAGGGCAGCCUGGACAACAUGACCUGCAUCCUGGUCUGCUUCCCGGGAGCCCCCGGGCCUUCUGAGGAGGCGGUCAGGAGGGAGCGGGCACUGGAUGCGGCGCUGGGCUGCAGAGUCGCAGAGCUGUGCGCCUCUGCCCGGGAGCCCCCCACCCUCAACGCGGUGUUUAGGACCCUGGCCUCGGAGCACGUCCCGGAUCUGCCUCCCGGGGGAGGGCUGCACUGCAAGGCUGCGGUCAUCGCCCAAGCUUACAGAGAGUGCUGCGGGCAGGUCUGCCAGGUGGGGGAACUCCACCGCCCACACCCACGCCCACAGCAGAGACAACAGAAACCAACCCCAGGGUUUUGAAAUGAAGACAGCUAGCUGAAGGGCUCCUAUCAGAUCACCGAGCUCAAUAACC